AUGGAUGCACCCAGUCGCAAAUCUGGCCGCAGAAGGCAGCCUAAUAAGAGGUACACAGUCGAUGCUUUCGAAGGGCUUGAUAUAGGCGAUGGGAUCCCCCUGUCUGUCGAGACGCCGGACGAUGACGAAGACGACGAUUUUCAUGUGGAUAACAAUGCUUCCCCUGAACCACCGGACGAUGACCUUUCCGCUGAUGGCGCUGCCGAAGAAGAUGAAGAAGAGUACCAGUCCCCUCACGACCUCGUUUCUGACGAAGAGUCGCUCGUUGGUGGCUCGGAGGCCGGUGCUCCAACUAUUACUCGUGGCUUCAAGAAGGUCAAGUUCGACGAAAUCGCAAAGAUGAAGGGCGACCCUAGGUACAAUCCUCGUGGUUUGCUCGAACCUGCUGCUCGUGGCUCAAAAGAGCUUCAGAGAUUGUUCUUCUUCGGCCCUGCAAAAGACGACCAGAUGCCUGCUCUCAAGUCUCACUACAGAUGGGGUGCAGAGCUAACUAUCCCGAGUCAUGAAGCGAACGCUGGUGGUUUUGGUGGUUUCAAGACGAGCUACUACCAUGAAGAUGCGGCCAUGAAGGCUGAAUCGGAAGACGGCUGGAAGUGGUAUGAGAAGGAAGGCGGCAGGGAAAGUUUGAGAUCUCGCCAACGGUCCACUUGCCUAUCUCCUCGGGAGGCUCGAGUCUACAUAUCGUCAGCUGCACGCCAGAGCUGUGAGCUGCUUAUGGGCCCAUACAAACGCCAAUCUCUCUUCAAGCUCAAACUGCAUGAAAGUCUCAAUCUGAAUGACCCCUGGAUACCACAGGCAUCAUCUGUCGAUACACCGGCGCCCGCGCAAGAUGCGAAGUCGCAAAGAAAUGGAUGGAUGCUCAACUUAGGCGAGAAGAUACAACACUUAGAAUGGGCACCAAACCUGCCCGGUUCUAGGCAAUUUCUGGCUGUCACAACUUCACCCCUGAUAGGCUCCGACCCAGAAGAACAGAAUUUCAGCGCUCCUUAUGCACCAGCCUUCACUCCACGGCCACCAUCAAAGUCGUCCAUACAGAUCUGGGAAUUUUGUGCCACUUCUCAAGGACGAAUUGACGCUACAUGUGCUCCAGUCCUGCGAAAAGUUCUUUGUUUUGAAUGGGGAGAUGUCAAGACGUUCAAAUGGUGCCCCAUGCCUCGACAGUCUUUGGCAGAACAGGCAUCAGAACGAUUGAAUCUGGGUAUGCUGGCUGGAAUCUGGGCAGAUGGUGCCCUGAGAGUACUGGACGUCUUUGUUCCGGCAAAGGACUUUGGAGAAACAGAGCACGAGUUGGUUAAAUCUGCGGCAUUUACUGCUCAACCACCCAACACGAUCUGUACAUGCGUAACAUGGCUAAGCUCGACCAGCGUGAUCGCCGGCUGUGCCAAUGGAUGCAUUGGUGUCUGGAAUCUUCCAUCAUCCCUCCAGACCGCAUCAUCGGAGGCCCAGCGUGAUUCGAACGCAGAGCCUGUCAUGUUCUGUCCGGUAUCAUCGACCUAUAUUCUCAAUGUGACAACAUGCUACCCGUCACGCCCUAACGUCAUGAUCUCGUCUUCUAUGUCAGGUCACAUUCAGAUGACAGAUCUGAUGGAGAUGACCUCGAAAGCCACCAUCACUCCCGCAGCGACGGUGAGAGCUAGUCGCUCCCGAGUUGGAAGAUCUGUUCUCUUGUGGCACGAAUUCGCUCAAGUAGUUCUUACAGUCGACGACAACUUCACUCUCGUCGCGUUUCCCAUCCGACGAUUCUUCCGUCAAAUCUCGUUCACUCGCUACAAAAGCUCGGUGGCCUGUCUUGCUCAUAGCCCUGUGCAUCCAUUCGUAAUGGCUGGAUGCAUUGGUGGUGAGGCUAUCAGUAACAACCCGUUGCGUCGCGCCUAUGAGAACAAAGUGCCCAUCUGGAAUCAGACUUGGUUCACUCACGAAUGGAGACAACGCAGCACCGAAGAGGUCGCAAACGAGAGCGCCUCCAACGGCGACGAAGUCAUGACGGACGCGUUAAAUGAGCCUGAAGGUCAUGUCACAGGCUCAAAGAGCAAAGAAGAUCCUACGCCGCAAGAGAUCAGUCGAGUGCUGGAAGGGUUCAAGUGUAAAGAAAUCAAACUGUUCAACACUGAAGAUGCAUUCACUCAUCGGGAGAACGGAGCAGUGUACUCGACCGUCUACGAUUUGAAGACAUCAAUCAAGUCGAUGUCGUGGAAUCCAAAUCUCCAUGUUGGCGGGUGGAUUGCUGCAGGCAUUGCCAAUGGUCUCGUCAGAGUAGAGGACAUUGCAUCGUGA